CAUGGGUGUAUUCAUGGAUCCAUAUGUUUUAACAGAGUCGUGGCAGUUGAAUCAAGAAGAGAGAAUCUGCUUCGAGGUAGAGAUGGUCGCGAUGGAAUGCCAGGAAAACCAGGCAAGGAUGGUCAUGAUGGUAAAGACGGUCGGGAUGGUAAAGAUGGAUCACCAGGCCCGCGUGGCUUGAAAGGAGAGACAGGACAUCAAGGUGUGAGAGGCCCACCAGGACAAAACAGUAGUGGAGUACAGUACGUAAGAUGGGGAAGAACCACCUGCCCUUACAAUGCUACUCUUCUUUACAAAGGUCGUGUUGGAGGGGAACAUUAUGGCAAUAAAGGUGGAGGAGCAAACUACGUGUGCCUCCCUGAGACUCCCAAAUAUGGAAGAUACGAAGAUGGCAACCAGGAGGCUGGGUACAUGUACGGUACAGAAUACCAAGUCAGCACUUACAACCCAUUCACUAAAAGCAACCUUCAUGAUCACGAGGCCCCAUGUGCUGUGUGUUACGUUACAACACGAAGCACCGAGAUGAUGAUCCCUGCUACUUACGAGUGUCCCGCGGGAUGGACAAGAGAGUACAAUGGAUACCUGAUGUCUGACUAUCAUAAUCAUGCUCAUGCCACGCAAUUUAUUUGUGUCGAUGAAAAUGCGGAGGCUGUUCCUGGAACGAGUGCCAAUCUCAAUGGUGCCCUGUUGUAUCCUGUGGAAGGAAGGUGUGGAGCUCUACCUUGUCAUCCAUAUGUUGAUGGAAGAGAACUGACAUGCGCAGUGUGUACCAAAUAGUUCCUAAAAUCAGUCAACUGCUCCUUUUUCUGGAUGCUGUAUUUCACGAGUGCAUCAUCACAGACAAUUACACUUAAUGUUAAUGUUAGGCAAAAUAAUAAAAACCCUUAAAUAAACA